AUGGCUAAGAAUAAAUCAAAGGGGAACCAGAAUAUGGACGAAAAUGGUACGAUACUGGCAAACCCUCCGAAAGCAAUAGGUAACGUAGAGUUAUUUCAAAGGUUGAACUAUCUAUAUCAGCUCUCAACAUGGAAUACGAUGCUUUACGGUAAGAAUGAUGCAAUGUCAAGAAGUUAUAUCAAGAACUUAGAUUUCAUUAGUAAGAAGACCAAGUGUGGUUUACUGCCGAGUAUCAAGAGAACUAUAUGUAAGAAAUGUAAGAGAGUACUGAUACCCAAGAAAACAUGUACUUAUUCUGUAUCUUCUAAACUGAGCAAAAGAAAGAAGCAUGACAAGGAAAAAAUCAGGAAGAAUGAGGAUUUUAUUGUUACCUGUGUAUGUGGUGAGGUCAAAACGUUUAGAGUGGGUCUUAACAGAAGUCAUGCUACGUUUUAUGAAAAGGAGGGUACCUUGAUAAAUUUAUAG